CUGUCCUAGGGUUUGUGGCAUAGUAUGGAUUUCACGUCAUCACAGAAUAAUCAUCUACAAAAUCAAGGGGUCAGAAAAUUCAAAAGACAAGACGGGGAAAAAGAAGAUGAACAGAUAGUUGCAGAAAUCAUGGAGAGGCGGUUUUUCCCUGACCAUAUAGCUUAUAAGACCUGGGAAGGCUUUCACUUUGCUGGCCAUGAGAUAAGAAUUACAGAAGCCACUGAUUGUUACGGGGCAGUCGUCUGGCCAUCGGCUCUUGUUCUGUGUUAUUUUUUGGAAACUCAUUCUAAACAAUGCAAUUUGGUUGACAAAAAUGUGAUUGAAAUUGGAGCUGGAACUGGCUUGGUCUCCAUAGUAGCCAGUUUGCUGGGUGCCUUUGUGACUGCUACAGAUUUGCCAGAACUACUGGGAAACCUUCAGUACAACAUUCUCCAAAAUACAAAGCAGAAAUGCAAACACCAGCCUUGUGUUAAGGAGUUGUCCUGGGGAAUUGAUCUGGAAAAGAACUUUCCUAGGUCUUCCUGUCACUUUGACUACAUUAUGGCUGCUGAUGUAGUUUACCACCAUCCAUUCCUGGAUGAACUCCUCCUAACUUUUGAUCACUUGUGCAAGAAUGAUACUGUUAUUCUGUGGGCCAUGAAGUUUAGGCUGGAGAAUGAGAACCGAUUUGUGGACAGAUUUCAGACACUGUUUGACUUAGAGAUGAUUUCUAAUUUUCCCAGUUUGAACAUAGCCUUAUAUAAAGCAAUGAGGAAAGACAGGAUGAAAGCCAGACCUUCCAAACUGAAGGUCUGAAAGAGAGAUAUAGGGAGGUGACAGUUGCAGCUGUUCUCUCUUUAAUAAUUUCAAUUUUAGUAGCUGCUGACACUUACAUGAAUGACAUUUCUAGAGAUAGGUAAAACAAAUCAUCAAAUUUCUAUUGCAUUCUUAUAAAUUCCUAAAUUCAAUUUGCCAAUAGUGAUAUACACAGAAGAGAUAUAUCUGUGACAUUGUCUUGACUUUUAUGUGCUAAGCUGACAACUCUAAUAACUUUUACAAGUCUUACCAUGAUUGUUAUGGGUCAUAUAAUGAAUAUUUCCAGAAGUUUUCAA